CUGCUGGGGUCCUCCUACGCCACACAACAAGCGACGCUGUCAGCAUGUUGUAGACAGGCUAGAGGUGAAGUUACAGAGACCGGAGGUAAACUGAUGGUAAAUCUGCUGCAGGAAGACUUACCUCUGAUUUGUGUCGAUACGAGUGUUGCGGGAGCAUGUGGAGCCGCCUCGUCCUCCAGGCUUUGCUCGGCCAGCCUGCCGCCAGGAGCUUCUCUCUGACUGCUGCUCAGAACACAGUCGUGGUGGAGCGAUGGUGGCAAGUGCCCUUGUCCAAAGUAGGGAGUCCACCGAGGCUUCACCCUCGAAGACACAGAAUCUACAAGCUGGUCGAGGAUACCAAACAUGCUCCUAAGGAGAAGAUGGAGCUCAUCCUGACUCAGACAGUACCAAAGCUCGGCGGGCGAGGAGACACCGUGUUUGUGAGAAAGUCUGUUGGACGAAACAAGCUGCUGCCUCAAGGCCUCGCAGUGUAUCCAUCACCAGAGAACAAACAGAUGUUUGCAGAAGAGCUACGUCUUUUGCGCGAGGGGAAAACAGGAGACAGAAUCCAAACCCGCACAGGACAACUGACUGUGGAGCUCCUGAAAUGCUCCAAGCUAAAGAUAAACAGAAUGCCCUCCGAGGAGUUUCAGCUCAAUAAAGAAGUUGUCUGCAGACAGUUUGCCAAGAAGUUGGGGAUAGUGGUGCCACCUCAUGCACUGAGUCUUCCAUUUGAACCUAUUAAGGAUGUAGGUGACUACUGGUGCGAUGUCACGGUUAAUGGCUUGGACACUGUUCGCGUUCCCAUAUCUCUGUUCCCAUACGAGGAUCCGUCUGCAAGCUCUCAGCGGCAGUUGAAAGCCCAAAAGCGGCAGCAGGCAGCUGCAGCUGAUUCAGAAGCUGCUGAUGAGGAGGACGCCAUUUUAAAGGUGGUUUCUGACGCAGCGGCAGAGGCCGAGGCUGGUGAAGAGCCUGCAGGAUCCACUGCCGCAGCUACACAGACAACAGCAGACACAACAGCACCACCAAGUGGAAGCCUGAAAAAAGAUUAAAGGACUCAAAAUGUGGAUGAAGUUUGCCUGUAAUACACAUGUGGACACUGAGGGGUUCCCAAACCAGCUAGAGGCAUAAUCUCUCUCCAGUGUGUCCUAUGUCUGACACAGGGUCGCCUCCUGCCCAGGAAGAGGUAUACUGGCAGUGUGGAGGUGUAGCAUCUCCACUAUCAAGUCCUCCCGAAUGACCAGGCACCUUACAUCUAAGGGAGAGUUGACACACUUUAAAACGCAAUAUUUAUAGCAGUUUUUUAAAUCAGUUUUCAGGAUUAGAAUAAAUAACACAAAACUGGUGAAGAGCAAUCAGGAUCUGCUGCAGCAGCUGGACAGGAAACCUUUGAGUGGGAUAGUUUGUUUUACUGUAUACAGUAUGAGUAUUAUUGUGAUAGUAGCAAUAAUGAAAACUGCCCAUAGACAUACCAAGUGUAAGCAGUCAGGAAAAUCAAAAGUUUAUUGAUCAAUUUUAACUCGACAACGCACAAAAGUAAAUGGUAAACCAAAAACAAACAUUAUUCCGAGGAAUGCUGUUUAAUAUGUCAUGUUAGUGGAGUGCCAAUACAGUUGUGUGGUUUGCGAGUCGUUACGUGAGAUUUGCUGAAGUCAAAGCUCUGCAAUUCAUUUUCCCGUCUCAUCGGCGUAAGGAUAUACGAGCAGCCUGUCAGCUUCUUUCUUCUGCUCGUGUUUAGAAUUUAGCUGUAGUACUUAAACUUUGAGGCAGAUCAGAUUGUGUAAUUGUUUCUGAUAAUUUGUUUUCUGAUAAGAGUUCACAUUUAAAGGUGUUUGACAACACAAGAUGUAUGAAAUGUAUUGCAUGUAGAGGAAAACUGCCUCAGGUUUGAACACUUCUGCUGUCGGGACAAAGAACAGAGGACUCGUGGAGGCUUGACUAUUGCUUUGGUAAAGACAAAAUGUAGUUACAUAGAGUCUGGAGAUAUAAAAAGCAUAUUUUUACUGCUUUCCAUCUGAAAGAGAAAGCUGAACAAAUCACUGAAUUUCCCCCCAAAAUUUGAUGUUCAAAGAGAAGAAGACAAAUACAUACAAAAUGUUAAAAUGAAUGUAAUCUCCAUUUUUAAGGUGGGUGUUUUGCUUUUAGCACCGCCCGCCAGAUGCUGCUACCAAGUUAAAAAUCAUAUUGAUUUAUAGUCUUCAAUGAUUCCUCAGAGCAAGAAGACAAUGAAGUUCAUGUUUGGUUCUCUGGUCUUUUUCAGUUUUCCAUUGGGAGAAAAUGAAACACACAUUAAAAAGUAAGAAAAAUAAAACUUUUACAAACAAAACUAGGUAUCAUAGUUAUAUAAUAGCAAACUUGUUAUUACUAAUGAGCAACUGCAGCAAGUACAUGUUUAUCACAAAACAGUCGAUCCUGUGUGCAGAUAUGUAACAUGUCACAGCUUUCCAGUGACUCCAGCUUGUUUAAAAUGAAUAAUAUCCAGAUUUCAUUAAUAACUUGUAUCAUUCCCAGAGAACCAAACCUUUGUUUCUGUAGAUCACAAAGAAGUACAACAUGAACAGGAAGCAUAAACAUUCAAAGGAAAAACAUUUAGAAUAAUGGCCACUUCAGAGUCACUUUACAUCUGUUCUGCCAAUGACUGAGCAAAGGUACCUUAAAAAUACUGUUACAUAAGUAUAGUGCCUCUAUUUAAUAUAAAUGACAGUGAACGGGGAGUGUAGCGGCUGUGGCUGGAUCUUAGAUAUAAGAAUAACACCUGGUCAAACAACAGAACUACUGAAUAUUAACAGGU